AAUGGCAGACGCCGCAGAUUUGAAGCAUAUGGUGAUGAGUUUCCGUGUUUCCGAACUACAAGUCCUGUUAGGGUUUGCAGGAAGGAACAAAAGUGGAAGAAAACAGGAACUGUUACAGAGGGCGCUACAGUUAGUUCAGAAGGGAACAACAAUGCCUGUACAAAUCAAAAUUAGAGAACUUUACAGACAAAUCUUCAACUCAGCAAAUUUAAACAAGAGACGCACAAUAUAUCCAGGAAGCACGAGUCCAUCUCAGGCAAUUCCUGAUCCCCAGCCUCAACCCCCAGGUGCGAUUGACUACAGUAACAAGAUUUUGUCAAGUCAUUCUGCUUCAUCCAUAGGCAUACCUGUACAUCCCGAUGUUCGGUUCAAACAUCUUCCAUUCUAUGAUGUUCUCGGAGAACUCAUGAAGCCCACUAGUCUUGUUCCAAAGAACAACAGCAGAUUCCAAGAGUCCUACUUCGUUUUUCACCUCACACCACAGCAGGCACAAGAUAUUGCAAUGUCACGAGAUUUUCGUCCAGGAGCGCGGUGUGAAUAUACGGUUCAGGUGCAGUUAAGGUUUUGUUUGCUUGAAACUAGUUGUGAGCAAGAUGACAACUUCCCGCCAAGCAUAUGUGUCCGAGUAAAUGGAAAGAUGGCUCCUUUGCCGAAUCCUUUACCAACCUCUAAGCCAGGCGUUGAGCCAAAGAGACCAGGAAGACCGGUUGAUAUUACCUCCCUUUGUAGACUUUCUCCAACAAUUUCUAAUCAGCUGGAUGUUUCGUGGGCCUCGGAAUAUGCGCGGGGUUACUGUUUGUCAGUAUACUUGGUGAGAAGAUUGACGUCAGACAUACUUUUCCAUCGGUUAAAACAGUUCGGAAAUAGACAUCCAGACCACACUAAAGCAUUGAUCAAAGAAAAAUUGACUCAAGAUCCAGACAGUGAAAUAGCGACAACUAGUCUACGCGUGUCUUUAAUAUGUCCGCUUGGGAAAAUGAAACUUUCCAUUCCAUGUCGACCAAGUACGUGUACACAUUUGCAGUGUUUUGAUGCACAGACGUUUCUGAUGAUGAAUGAGAAGAAACCCACGUGGAUUUGUCCAGUUUGUGAUAAGGCAGCACCAUUUGACAAGCUCAUGAUUGAUGGGUAUUUUGUGGACAUCUUGCGCAAUUCUAUAAGCUCCGACAUUCAGUUCCAUGAAGACGGCAGUUGGAGCCCACUGAAGCAGAACAAGGAAACUCAUUUAAUCUCCAGUCCCGUCGUCAAACCUCAGCAUUCAUCAACUAGUCAGUCCACAGAUGUAUCACCACCCAAAAAGCCUCAUGCUGAUGUUAUAGAUCUCACAAUAUCCGACGACGAUGACGACGAACCUCCGAGGUCAAGCAGUCGACCUUCUGGUCUUGGGUGCGUGAGUCCCGGGGUGAUAAAUCUCGACACACCCACGCCGCCGCAUGCCAGCUGUAGCCGGUCCAUCUCGAACAGCCCCGCCACCGUCGUACUGUCCAACCCUUCCAGUCAGACUGGGUCGCAGUCGCCCAUGAGCUCGCCCCAGCCUUCGUUAUCGCCUGUUUCUCCUCGGGUGUCUUUCUCUCCGCACCCCACCACAUCAGCCACAGGCCUCCCACCCCCACCACUCCCGAUACUCGCCCAUGUGUCGGUUCCUCCCCCUUUGAACAUGUUCCCGGGUAUUGUCUCCAGUGCCCUCUCGACCGCACCAAGUACAGUAUCUCUGACUCCCAACCCACUCCCGCCUGCCCCGACCUCAGCUCAGGCCUUGGCCAACCAGUCUUUAGCCACGUUAAAUUUGGAUGCUUUAUCGGACCGAGAGUUUGAGGAAUUUCUACAAGGUUUAUCAUGGUGAUUCACAUAGAAAUACUGUUAGGUGCUUGUUUGGUUUUUUCAGGUUGGGGGGUGGGGGGGGGAUUUAUUCCUGAAAUGUAUGUGACCAUUUUAGGUAAUAAGAAAAGUGAAUAGUGGAUCUAUGGUUAAAGAACUGAGAAUUACCAGCAUGUGAAAGAUUACAAAUACUGCAAUAUAAUGACGAAUAACGAAUUGUAAUUUGUUACAAUGACCAAAAAAAAAGUGCUGUUAUGUUUGACAUGAAAAGAAGGAUGCUUUGUCCAAAACUAGACAAAUAUAUAAAUCCCAAAGGAUUUACAGGCAACAUUAUCUUUCUGUUGAAAUGUUUACAAACAAAUGUUGCCAUAGAUUACCGUGUCCCUGUAGGUGGGGAACCAAGGUAUUUUUGCGGGCCAACCAGAGCUUGACAACUGAUUGUCUGUGAUAGGUUUCUCCUUACUAGUGGGAUAGUACAGAUAAAAUAUUCUCUGUUGCUUCUUGGAAGAACUAGUGGUGCAAACAACUUUUUGUAGAUUUUUUUUCUCUCUUUUUUUUAGCAGUUUUAAGUCUGUUUUUAACGUGCUGAGGUGUCCUUAACUGUUCAUUCCUUUCUCUGUGAUUUAUUUAUCCCUAUAUUCAAUAGAUGUAAUUGGGCAGGACAACACCUUCCAUAGUAAUUUAUUCCUAUAUUCAUUAUUCUUCAUUGGGCAGGCUAAUAACUUUCAUCUUGAUUUAUUCCUGUAUUCAGUAUACUUCAUUGGGCAGGCCAACAAUUCCAUAGUGAUUUAUCACCAUAUUUAACAAGACUUCAUUGGGCGGGCCAACAGUUCCAUAGUGAUUUAUUACCAUAUUUAACAAGACUUCAUUGGGCGGGCCAACAGUUCCAUAGUGAUUUAUCCCCAUAUUUAACAAGACUUCAUUGAUCUGGUCAACAACUUUCAAAGUGAUUUAUUCUCAUAUGUAACGGCCAACAACUUUCAUAUAUUAAAGGUACAUGGUCCUCUGAAAAACAAUUGUAUGGUAAUUUAGGUUGAAUACUGGAGCUACUUGCUUAGAAUAUUAAUUUUUAUUCAUCCUGUGUGGGUUGUUUUUUUGUUUGUUGUCCUAAUGUCUAUCAAAGCUAAAAAUAGUGUUGUGGUUAUGACCAUUUUGGCAUGCACCAGAAUUUUGAAUAUGUUGGGUUCAUAUCCCCAGGGCACAGUAUUUCAUGAGAACCAUUGCUCUGUUCGCGUGUCAGUUAUGCAACUUUAAAAUUAAAAGAAUUGCCAAUUUGUUACGUGGUGAACAAUUACAUUCUCAAAUUAAAAAUGCCAUAUAUCAGUAAGGAAAGUGAAAAUCAGUUUGUUUUUAAAUAUAUUUGAACCACCAAUGUAGCACAGAACCAUGGUUACAAAAACUUUUUCACGUAACUGAACAAUUGGUUAUCUAAGUAAAACGCACGUUACGGUUACCUAAGAUUUUGAAAUAUUAUCCCCUGUAUUCCAGUGAAUUGUUAGAACCUUAGCAUUUACAGAUCUUCAGAUAAAAUUUGAAAAGUGCCAGUUAAUUUGAAGGUGGUUACACAGUAAUAAAAAUCACAUAAUUACAUGUGAAAACAAUUACUCCAAGCAAGAAAUUUAGUCUUAGACAGAAGUAACAGCCUCUGAGACUUGAACAUUUGUGUAAAUCAUUUACGAGUUAUGCAAAAACAAAUCCAGGUAACUGUCUUCAUUUUGGUAUAACCGGUCACGACUGUAAAUGAUGUCCUUAAUUUAAUAUGCAAACGGAAAAUGGGUUACUCAAAAUUAAGACAUGAAAGAACGGAACUGAUUCUAUAAAUUUUCAGAGACCGGCAUUACAAAGGAUCAAGUACCUUUAAUAUUUGUUUAAUUUUCUCCAAACACGAACAGAAUAAAAUAAACAAAUCGACAUUAUUAAAACAGGCCAUAGAAUUUCAAAUUUUAUGGGAAAGACUUUUACGGUUCAGUGGCUUGUGAUCAUGGAUACUCGUCGGAAACUGUUUUUAGGUUCUGAUCAAUAGUCGUACUCGAUAUAAUAAUCAUGGAAAACAAAAAUUUUGUUGUGUGAUUUUACCCACACAGUACCAACACGUUGCUGGAAACUAUCGUUUUCAUAAAAUCCGAAGGUCUUAAAAAUCUUGCCACUAUUGCAAACAAAAUUAAGUAGAUGGGAAGUUUUAAAUUUUGUUUUUAUAAGGUGAAAUAUAUAAACAUUCUAGCACUGAACUAUUUUUGUCCUGGAAGAUUAUAUAAAAUAAUGAAUAUGCUUGCCCAUGAUGUUGAAAAAUGAUUGUAAUUUGUAUUUCUUAUUGGUUUCCGGGAUGUGCAUUUAGCAAACUAUAUUCAGAAAGUUUAUGAUGCGAGCCAUUAUGUGGGUGCUUUUUGGGGGCAUGUUUGGGUUGUAAUUAACAUUCUGAAGCUGUAUGGCUGAGUAGUUAUUUUAUAUUGUUACUGAUGGCAGUUGUUGCACAAUUACAGUUUAAAGACCAGCAGUUCACAUUACACUUGCAGAUAAUGGUUUAGUUGUAUCUCAACAUUUCCUUUGCACUGGGUUACAGUAUGUUACGUAUAACCCUUACAUCAAAAUUACAGUUGCAUGCAAGUUGUAACAGUUGUUUACAUCAGUUUCAUAUUACUAACUUGCAUGUUACAUGCAAAUUGUUUUAUAUUGCAAUUGCAUGUGAUCGUUUCUAUACAGACACACUACCUACUUAACAUCAGACACCUGCAACCAUUGCACAUUACAGUGAAACAAAACUUCUAAUUAUUAUUGGUUAGAUGUAUACUGAUGGAAAAAAAUGAGGGAUCACACAAAUAGGAACGGCAAAUUGUGAUUGUCCAUAGUGUCAAAAUGUGAUCAUGUUACUGGCAGUCAGUCCCAUAUUACAACUUUUGUGUAAAAUAUACUAGUAGUAAAGUAGAUGGGGCAGAGUUCAGCCAGGCUGAGCAGAAAAACGUCCACUAGACUGGUUUAUGCGCUUCACUUUAAACCGAAUGACCACUUCAGGAACUAGUCAAAAUAGUUUGCAAACUUUAGCGAAAAACAGCUGGCUGAACUUAGGGUAGGUUUGCAGUUCAUGCGUUCCCUUAUUUCUUUCCAACAGCAUACUUAAGAAUAACAAGUAACACAAGGUGUACAUUAAUUAAUAAAGUUGUCGGUUUGAUUUAAUUUAGUAUUAUUCAUCAGGUAAAGAUGUAAGUUCUGAACUUUGUUGGACCAAAGAUGUGAUAAUGUUUGAUCAUAUAUGAUAUUUUAGUCAUAUUUCUUCUUCUUUUUUUCAUUUCAUUUUGAAGUCUAAUAUUAAUUUGUGUGAUUGGUAUUUUUUAGGUGUUGGUUAUUUAAGUAACCCAUUUGAAGUUGGUGGGUGGGGGUUGAGUUAGCUUUACUCGUCAUUCUUUUCUAUACUUUUGGUAGCCCCAAAUAAUAAGCAAUAACCAGAGAACCACAAUACUGAAAAGUGACGAAAAAAUAAAUAAAUGGCUAUACUUAGUAUGACACGUUGUCUGUACAUGUAUAUUGUUUAUUUUAUAAAUCCAUAGCCAAGAAUGCAAAUAUGUGUAUUAUUUGCAUGGCUUAAGACGAACGACUUGAAUUCCACAUUUUGUUUUUGUUACGUUAGUAUUGUUAUUUUGAACAUCCAUGCCUGUGGAAUGCCUUGUUUAUGUCAGUUGUCAUUUUUGUGUUCAACGACGGCGAACAAUGCUAAUAUUUGCAUAUAAUUUGUCUGGUUUUCAUUGCAUGGAUUUGGUUUAACCUUGAUAACUAUUGUGAGUCAUGUCCAACACAAUCAGUAUUUCAACAAGUGAAGUCUACAGUCACAUCACGAAUGGUUUGGUAUGAAUUGUAGAUUUCACAAGAUUCAAGAUAUUAUUUUAUUUGUUGUUCGUAAUGAAAUAUAGUAUAAACAUUUACAUUUUGAGUUACUGGGUUGAUGCGUAAUGAUCAGGCAGUAAUUUUUUGGUGUUAUGCUCACUUUAAAUAAUAAAUUUCCAGUUAAUAGGUCUUUGAUGACCAUAAAACAUGUGAAGAAAAACAGCAAAAUUAUCACACCAAUAAUCAUGUAGUCACCUGUUGGUGUGUUAUGCAGUUAAGCAUACUAUAGUUAAUUUCCUGUUGACAGAAUUACUUUAAAAAAGCUCUUGAUAUUUGCAAGUAUUUUUAUUAGGAAAUAAAAAAUGUAAUUGGGAUUUUAAUUUCAAGAGAAAACUAUAUUUUACGGUCAUUUAAUUUGCAAUGAUUUGUUGUUGAAUGGAUUUAUUUUUUAUAUUUAAAAAAAUAACAUCCCCACUUUUUGAUGUUGACUAGCGGAAAAAAGUAUAAUGCAGAAAUUUCAAUUUUGUUCAAAACCAAUUUAUUAUGCUGUGUUGACAGCAAUAUCUUAGUGUACUGUACAUGUUAAAAAUGAUGGUUGAUUGGCCCAUCAUUUUCUUUUCCCACAGCCCAUUUGUUUGUGGGGUUUUUUUUGUCUAGGAUGAAAUACACUUUUCUUUAAGUGAGAUUUCCUUUUUAAGCUCUUCUACUGGUGAACUUGUUAGUAUGACCACUGUUGACUUUCUCGGAGACGGUCCAAUAUUGAAUAGUUCAUGGAAUUGCAGUUGGGGGACAUAAAAAGUGUUGGGGAAAAGAAACUUACGGAAAAUUAUGAAUGUGUGUUUUAGCCUAUAGAUUUCUAGGUGUGACAGAAGAAGAUGAUGGGCCAGUGAAUCACCAUUUUUAGAUAUGAAUAGUACCUCGAUGGUAUUACAUUUAAUGACAUUAAUUUUUAUACCAUGCAUCAUUUUAAAAGUAAGCAUUGUUAUCAAAUGAAUUUUUUUUAUCGGUACACAUUAUAAACUAGUAUUGAGCAAAAUUUCAAUAUUCUACUUUUAAAAUCUUCAUACUAUUUUCCUAUUCAGCUUAAAAAAGGGACUUUUUCUUAAUUUUUUUCAAAAGUAAACCGAUAUAUGAAUUAGGUAUGAUUUAAUACUUUCUCAUAUGUGAAGAAAUUGCCUUUUUGAUUUCUUUUGUCAUAACAAAUGUAUCAUGACUUUAAAUAUUGAUUUAGCUUCUUCAAGGUCAGGAUCUUGACCUUGACAGUUAACUUCACAUACUUCAUAAUGAAGGCAUUGUUAGUGGAAUACCCACAAUAUGAAUUGUUUGUAUCAUACCAUAUUAGUUGAAAUAAAAUAAUCUCAGGAAUUGUUUAUAAGAUAGGUGAUUGAUUGUUGGUGAUGCUUUGUGUCCUAAAAUGUUAUUGAUAGCUCUGUAUGUGGAAGAGAAAAAUAAUUUUUAUAAUAAGAAAAAGUGCAUGUGUUUGUGUGUGCUUGUGAAAAAGUAAGAGAACAAUAAUGCUGAAAAAAUUGAUAGUGUAUUUGUUUAAAGACUUUUUCUCUCUCUCUUUGUUUUAUUUCUUUGUAAAAGUGCUGUAGCUUUUUUGUGUGCAUGUGUGAGACUGAAAUGAAAGAUGCUGCCAAUAGAAAUACAUGAGAAACUUAAUUGAUUAUUUUUUUCUGUACCACAGUGAAGUAGAGGUGUAAUGACACAGGUGAAUUAUGAUGUCAUGUCUCGUGACACUUAAAAGGGUAGGGAUUAACAGUCAUUGCUACGAACAAAAUCAAGCUGAGCUGAAGAUUACUCUCCUGAAAUGGUGCUAGGCGAGCAGUCGCAUAAACUUUAAAAUGUAAAAAUAUUGCAAGGUGAUCAAUUUGUCUCACUCCUAAAACUUUCCAAGCAAGUAUGAAGAGGAGCGGUAGUGAUCACUUGCAUUUCCUAGCAAAGAAUAUGGGAACUAUGAUUUCAUUCCUCAGGAUGUUCACAAGUUUAAGUUGUCAGUGUGUGUGUGUGUGUGUGUGUGUGUGUGUGUGUGUGUGUAUAUAUAUGUAUGUGUGUAUAUAUAUAUAUAUAUAUAUAUAUAUAUCAAUACAUUUGCCCUAAAUCGGUGCAUGAUGUUAUGAACCAUGUAUCGUGAUAGGAUAAUGCACCAUCAUAUCGUUACAGCUCUACAGUGAAGGGUCUAAUAAUAGAAGCAGUGGUUUUGUAUACAUGUGUUCUGUGAUGCUGCAGUAUGUUUUUUUUAUUUUUUUAUUAGCUGUUGUCUGUGUGACAUAGAAUCUCUUGGAUGUCAAUUAAAAUAGGACAUGGAAACUUCAUUAAUUCAUAUUACUUAGAGCAAGGCAUGCCUAAACAGAAUCAUUUUUGUUGCAACAUUUCAAUAGCUGAUGAUUAAUAAAUGAAUGUGCUCUGGUGGUGUUGAACAAAACAAACUUCAAACUUUGGAACAUUUCGUCGAGAACAUUUAUUAGUAGUAACCUCCAAAUCUAGAUACAGUAAUAACUGACACAAGUUAUGUUUGAGAAAAAAGUAAGACUUUGGUAGAACUUCAUCAUCGUUAUUAAACAAAACCGUAGUCCAGUUUAAUAUUUAAACAGUUGGGGCUCCCUACCAUUAUUAAUCCGAUUUACUUCCCCCUUCUCCCUUAAACAGGACAGUUCAUACCAUGGCUUUUGAUGUAUCAGUCACGACACAUGGUUUGGGUGCUUUGAGAAUGAUUAAAGGUACGGCUAACUGCACACCUUACGCAAGCACUGACGCUGAGCUAUUUUAACCUAAAAUUGUCAGAAUUGAAAGCAUGAAAAUUAAGCAGAUAGUUUAACCUUACUUAACAAAUUAAUUUCUUAUUAUGGUAACAAAAAAUGUUUGGUAUAAAGAUGAUUCUGUUUAGAUAGCAUUUCUGAAGUUGAAAGGUUGAAUGUUGACUGCUUAGUUGCUUCCAAGUUGUCAAAACUAUGAAUGAGGAAAAUAGUUGAGUUAAGGCAUGUUAAGUGUUGUAUAUACUUUUUAUGUAUUUUUGAACACCAGACAUCAUGUUAAUGUACAGUCACUUAUUGAAUAUGUGUGUACAAAAAUGUACAGAAAAAACAUGUUAAAUUAAAUAUUUCUAAAUG